ACCAAAACAUAAACAAAACAUGCUGCUUUUGUGCUUAGGUAUAGUUUUGCUUGAUGCGAUUAGAUAAAGUAGUCCGUCCGAUAAAAUGGUUAGAUUUUAUUAAACAAAAUUAAAAUGGCUUGUAAAACAUCAUACGAGCUUCAUCACAAUUUUCCCAAGCUUGCUGAAGAGUCUGGCUUCACAUUUAGCACACAUAAACCUCGUGUUCAUAUCGAAUGGAACAAAAUUCGAUUAAUCGAUAUAGAAAGUUUGAUGCGAGAUAGAAAGUUUGUACAAAUUGAACAACAUAUCAAUGAUAUUUUGGACUGUGUUCUUGAAUCAGAGUUUGACGUGCGUAUUCUGGAUGAAGGAGUGCUAAAGAUAUUCCGGCUAGCACAGUUAGCUGUAGAAUAUCAACAAUUUUGUCGCCAUUAUCUAGACAGGAGUGUCUACGUUUUGCGCGAAGAAAUCACUGGCUUAGCCCAGGAACUUGACUAUGCGAAAAAAACGAUACGUGAAAAAGAGGAUGAAAUAAGAAAGCUUAAACGUAAAACUAAAUAUAACAUUCGAGCUCCACUUCCUUAUGGUAAUGAUAAUAUUGCUAAUAUGAUCUUACAGACACUAGCUAAUAAAAGUGAUAUAUAUCCGUCAUCAAAUCAAAUCGACAAUGUGCAUUAUAAUAAGUGCAAUUAUUGUGAAAAAGUGUUUAUGAAUCAGUUAUAUUUAAAAAGUCAUAUUGCUCGGCGGCAUAGCAAUGUAGUACUAGAGAUACCUCAAAAAGAUUUACCUCGUAAUGAAAACAUUCAAGUCGUAAACGAACAAUCGAAACUACAAAACGAAAUUAUUGAACUGAAAUCAAAGUUGCAAGAAAUGGAAGUUCUUUUAAUCACCAAUGAUCAUGGCAAACGCGAAUCAAAUGCUGUAACGAAUAAAAAUACCACAGAUAUAACUGAAAACUGUUCGAAUGAUCACGCGGUAAAAAUUAAUGUGAGUAAUAAUAUUAAAAGUCCAGAGAAACAGAUGAAAGAUGCUGAAGUAUCAACAAAUAGUGAGGUUUUCAUUUUAGAAAAAAUAGAUGAAUGGAAAAGGGAAGAAUUUGAAAAAUACAAUAAAGAAAUAAGUCUACUUCGGACACAAAUUUCUAACAUCAUAGAUUAUAAUAAAGAUUUAGCUAAAACAAAUUUAGUGCCAAAUGAUAGUAAAAUAAUGGAACAGUUCCAAGAAACGAUAAAACAGCAAAGCGCAGAAAUAGCGUCUUUGAAAGAAGAGUUGACAAAUUCGCAAUUAAAAUUGAAAAAUGACGAAAUAGAGAGAAAAAAAGAAAUUGACUCACAAAUCGCGCUUUGGGCUGAAAAGACUGAAGCUCAAUCUAAAGAAUAUAAGAUAUUGCUUCAUAAAUUAGAGAUAGUAGCUAAAGAAGCCAAGGAAUCGCGUGAGCUAGCCGAAUCUGAAAAACAGCGAGCUUUUAAAUUACAGCAUCUAUUAGAGCAAAACUGUAGGAACGUAGAAAAUUGUGUGGAGAUGGCUGUAAUUCACAAAGAAAAAGACAUAAAAACUGAGAAUAGGCAGCAUAGAAAUGACGUCAAUGAAAAUUUAGUUAAAGAUGCUGCAAAUUUUAAAUCUCCAAAGUUGACUCCAAUGCCUGACCGUAAAACACUGGAGAAAUUACAUCGUAAAGCGCAAGAACUACUUAAUCAGUCGAUAGCGUCUUCUGAUGCGUCUAGCACAAGUGAUAGUAACAGUCAUAUGCCCAUUGAAAAGUUAAAAGUAAGAAAAACAGUAACGAAUAACAAAAAGAGAACAAACGAAUUAGCCAUUGAAAAUGAUAAACACCAAAUUCAUAAAAAAGACAGAACCAAUACGAAAAAGGAAAAUAGAUUUGAAAGAAUCAAAAACGAAAAGAGUCCUGAAAUGAAAAAAAAUAAAUCGCCGACAAAAAAGGAUAACGAACCUGUGAACAAAAGAGGAAGUCCAUUAAAAGUUGUGAGAGCAAAAUUAACAGAAGAAGUAAAUCAUCGCCUUGUGUCACUCGGUGUUGAUCCAUUAAAGAAAAGGCUACCUCGAGAUAUCUUUAACAAACAACGACUACAACUACAAGAAAACAAUGAAAUAAAAUCGAAGAAAAAUCCGGCACGUGAAAAAAUUAAUCACUAUAUUAUGUCUUAUUUGGAUAAGAAAGCUACAAUCACGAAAAAAAAGACUUUACAGGAAGAUGAAUAUUUUUCUCCAAAUAAAUCUUCAAAACCAUUUCGCUUAGCUUCUGUAAUAUCAAAUGUAAAAUCGAAAGCAUUGUCGUUAGUAAAAACAAAUGAUGGAUUAAGGAAGGAAGAAAAGACGCCUUACGAUAGUGUUACAAGAAAAGCUCUAUCUUUACUUAAAACACCACCAGGAUCUACAGCGACAAGCCCAAAAAUUAACAAACAAAAUUUGGAAAAUCAAAUACAAGGCAUAAAAACAUCUAGAAAGAUUAUCGAAGAGAAAGAGAAACCUAAUAAACUUAAAAAUAGUUAUGCUGACAAAAACUUCGAGAGUAGCGAAGAAUCUGACUCUAACAUAACAGACAUAUCACAUGAAAAAGCGAACCAAAACAACUUUAACUCACCAAAUCGCCCUGUUACUAGUAGUGUUGUCUAUGACUAUAAUACGCAAGAGAAAAGCAUCGAGACAAGGGAAAUGGACAAUGCUAAACAUAUAACAAAUGCAUUUGAAAAUACAGAUUCAAAUAAACAAAAGCGUUAUUUUAAAAUUCACAGUAGCGACAACAGCAGCGAUGAUAACAUAGCUUCAAUAACAGAACACAGAUUAAGAAAUGCUAUUUCUGAUGAUAAUGUAAAUGACCAAAAGCAAACCAAAGGUGUACUGAAAAGUGCUUCCUCAAUGUCUUCCUUAUAUAAGAAGAAAGUAAUAUUUGAUAUGGAUGCUAUACAAAUGAAAUCUGUUAGUGCAUCACCUUCCCAAAGUAUUGCUGAAAAAAGUGACACAAACGAAAAAGCUGAAUUGGGAAUUAUAAAUUUAGAUACUGAAGAAUGGGAUUUAUCGAGCAUAGAAAAUGAGCCGCUAAAAGACGACAGAACAAUAAAACUCAGCACGCGUACGAGUCCUAAAAUAGCAGAGUUAAAGCAAAGUAUCGAAUCGCAACUAACGCGACGUAAUCCAACUCUUUCAACAGCUUUAGUGGGAGGAGUGGAUGUUCUACAGGGCCCGACGAUGGCAAAAGCAGCUAGCCUUGGCGGCAGCAAUACUAGCCUGGGAAGCUCCAUUCUUGACGACUCUGAAUUUGUUGUACAUCAAAAUCAUACAGCAUUCCUCAAGCCAAAAAAGUUAACAGAUAAAGAUGAUAGUGAAAUUGACAUUUCAGAAGUUGUAGACGAUAUUAUUGAAAAUAAGCAUAAAACUUUUAAAUCAAUGUACAGUUAA